AUGGACAAAAAAGCCAAGGCUGCUGUCUACAUUGGCACUGACAAUCGAGCGUGGGUGCACUUCCAAGAGAAAAACAAGGUCACAGCUCCACUACUGGCGACUCCCUUUGCGGACAACCUGACUGAGUGUGUCGUGUACCUCGAUGAAGCGCACACACGUGGAGUAGACUUAAAGCUGCCUCCGCAAGCUCGAAGCGCGCUGACACUGGCUUGUAGCCAAACCAAGGACUCUACUAUGCAAGCGGCCAUGCGCCUUCGACAGUUAGGCACAACACAGUCUGUGACUUUCUUUGCGCCACCGGAGGUUGAUCAAAGUAUCAGAGAAUUCUUCAACCCCUUGCUCAACGAGGAGAUCGACUCGUCGCACGUAGUUCACUGGCUCCUGGAACAGACUUGUCGUACCAAUGAGGAUCUACAGGGCUUGUAUGUCGCGCAGGGCAUGGAUUUCUGCCGGUGCACCGACGCAGCAUGGCGUUAUCGCAAAGUGCUCACUGACGAGGGACAACGUGCGUCGCUGCUUGAUGUACUGCGACAGCCGGAACGCCAGACAUUGGAGCAGCUGUACGGCGCUGCUCCCGCAAGCUCUGCGGCCAGUUCUAUAUCAGAUCCUCAGUUACAAGCCUUUGCUGAACAACUUCGACGCCAUAAUGGCAGAGCAGGCGGGUGUCAGCCAGGUGCCUUGGAGGAAGUUGAACAGGAACGCGAGCUUCAGGUCCAGGUCGAGCAGGUCCGACAAUCGAAGAAACCGGUCCAAUACGACGCUAUGCCGUUUCCUGGACUCCAUCCGCAUAUCUUGCAUUUUGCACGCAGCGGGGUGCUGGUGGUACGACAGUCGGACACCCAGGGUACUCAAGGUCCUGGAGCUGAGCGCGCGCUCUCAAGUAUCGCGAAGACAAACGUCGGAAAACGUUUUGAUAUCCGGGAGACAAGCUCGCGACUUUAUGCGUCCAGAGAGUUUUGGAACACAAUCAUACAGUUUGAGGCGGUCGGAAAGGUGGCAGACAACUUCUUGCGCCCUGUCGAGUGGAUUCUUUGGAGUCCGAAGCAUGAUACCGCACUUGUGGUCAUUCCCGAGGAAGCCGAGUUACUUAUCCCGGUCAUCCGUGGCGCUGGAGCCGACUCUCCUGUAUACCUUCUUGCCUACGCUGUGCCCGUCACCAAGUCGAUGAUGCACUUCAAUGAUCUCAAGUACUAUACCGUACCCGAGCUUCCGGACGGGUACUGCUUUCCAGAGUGGCUUCGCAUCGAGCUGGGCAUCUUCGCCGGCAGGCUCUAUGUCGACAUCGAGGAAUGGGCUGCUCUGUCUUCGUAUGUACGACAACCCUCAGCUGGAAUUUCUGCGGCGAGAGAACUUACGCCUUCGAUGGGGAUUGCGAAGUUCUCUGAUGAUCCCGCCGCUUUCCUAUUGGAGUGGCUCACCCUCUGGCGCAAGACGCAGGAUAUCUUGCACACCCCCAUGGGGUACAUCUGUACCGGCCGCGCCUUGGAGGAGGACCAUCCUUUCAGAGACCAGACGUCAUGA